UUCAGGCGGGGGUGCUAAAAAAUAUGUUCGCGUUAUAUCGGUCCGCUAACACAUAAAAGGUCCGCUAAUAAAUAAAAGCUCAGCGCACUACUUUUGUGAGAAUUUUUUUUAAAUUCAGAUUUUUCAGGGGGUGCUGCAGCUUGUCUGAUUUGAAGAUGAUGGUAAUGUGUACUUUUCUUGAACUUUGCAAAUACAGAAAAGUAGAAGGAAAAAUGCCCUAAUAUAGCAAAAGGACAGUAACCUAUUCAUGAUAUAUUGUUAGGUUUUACCGUUAUUCCUCUACAGCCAAUGCUUGUUACCCCAUUAGAACAGCGCAAUACAAACACACUUGGUUGCGCGUACUCGUGUACCCACUGUGUAAGAAAAAAAGGAGAGCGCGCGUCAGAGGCGGUCCGGUUGUCUCAUUCUCUCACAGCCAGAGCGGAUAACGAAAGCGGAGACCAAGAUCGAAUAGAACGGUCGAGCAACACACAGGAUAUAGCCUACUUCAGGUGUUGAUAGAACAUUGUUUGCGUCGACCGUCUGUGCGUCAACUAUUUGGAAGUGCCAGGAUGUCCAGUGAGGUGCAGCCCAGCUCGAGGCCAGAAGACAGUCCCAACACAAGUGGAGGCAGCUGGGACGCGGAGCAGAGAGAGGUGGCCCCUCCGGGUCAGGAGCUGGGUCAGGAGCGAGAUCAGACAACGCCCAAGAAGAAAGAGGCCAAGAUAUCCAGCAAGACCGCUGCCAAGCUCUCCACCAGCGCCAAGAGGAUUCAGAAGGAGCUGGCUGAGAUAACCUUGGACCCGCCACCUAACUGCAGUGCGGGUCCAAAAGGAGACAACAUCUAUGAGUGGAGAUCCACCAUCCUGGGACCACCAGGCUCUGUAUACGAGGGAGGAGUCUUCUUCCUAGAUAUCGCCUUCACACCAGACUACCCCUUCAAACCACCCAAGGUGACGUUCCGUACCAGGAUCUACCACUGUAACAUCAACAGUCAGGGUGUGAUCUGUCUGGACAUCCUGAAGGACAACUGGAGCCCCGCCCUCACCAUCUCCAAGGUGCUGCUGUCCAUCUGCUCCCUGCUCACUGACUGCAACCCUGCUGACCCUCUGGUAGGAAGCAUCGCCACCCAGUACACAACCAACAGACCAGAGCACGACAGGAUAGCCAAACAGUGGACCAAGAGAUACGCCACAUAGACGGACAUCAAGGAGCUCCACCACCCUUCUCUGACCCACCUCCGCCACCCAAAAUCUGUUGAGCACACCCAUCCCUCGCCCCUCCGCUCCUAGACUGGUCCCAAAUCUGUUUGUGCUGUAUAGCCAACUCCUGUGGUCAUUGCAUGCCAAACAAUGAAUUAUUAAUGGCAUGUUUGGCAUGACAAUGACAUUUACAUUUAGAUUUUAGUCAUUUAGUAGACACCCUUAUCCAGAGCGACUUAGUUAGACCUUAGUAGUUGGCUAUACAGCACAAACAGAUUUGGGACAAAGCUACUAGCCCCUCUCUCUGAGCCCCACAUGUGUGGAAGCACCUGACCUGAUCCCCCCUCCUCAUCACAGGCGGCUGGUGGCACCUUUAUUGGGGAGGACGGGCUCAUAGUAAUGACUGGAACGAGUAAAUAGAAAUGUAUCAAAUGCAUCAAACCCAUGGAUACCAUGUGUUGUUAAUGCCAUUCCAUUUACACCAUUCCAGAUAUUAUUAUAAGCCGUCCUCUCCUCACCAGUCUCCUGUGCUCACACCUUCAGUCCCCCCCCACUACCCCUCCUCUGAGAACAUGAACUUGAUCGCUUCUUUUUUAUAUACAAAGAGUAUAUUGGAUUUUUUUCCCCAAUACACUGAAUGUUGAUAUGGUCACGAAAAGCUUUAAUACUGUUAUUCUUGUUGUUGUUAUUGUUUGUUGUUGUUAUUAUUAGUACAUUGUUUAUUGCAUUAUCAUCCUAGGCCCUUUUUAUGUGAUUGAUGAAAAAUGCAUUCUAUUCUAGAGCAUUCUAGAUACAUUCUAUUGAUACAGUCCAUGCUGAGCGUUUUUGUUUAAGAGGUCAUCUUCAGUUAGAGCCUGUCUGCAGAAUUAGUGUUUACAGAUGCAGAGUGGACCUUUUUCUAUGAUUGAAUCACUUGUUGUUAUUAUUUUUCUGCCCCCAGAAGUUAUUGCCAUGACAGUAAGUCUGUCUGGAUCUGUGUGUAGCUGGUCUUGCUGCUCACCUCCUGUGGUACUAGUCAGCUGGCAGUUGUUUGCUGUACAUUUGCCUUGUGAGAAUACAUACUGAUUGAAUACUCAAUUAAACACUGGUUGUAAUGUUAA